AUGGCAACUUUAUACGGGAAUGAUACUGAUACGGAUUCUAUUAUUCCAUGGAGAAGUAUGACCCAGGAGACCGCCACCACCUCUUCUACUUCUAUUUCUAGUGGGAGGAAGCUACGUAAGUCUCCUUCCUAUUUGCUUUGA